AUGGAGAACCUUGACCGCGGUGUCCGCCUCGUGGCGGCGCAGAAAGACGUUUGGGCUUCCCUCAGUCCGAAGGAGAAACUCUCCAUCAUUGACGAACUCAUGGACCGCUUGCAAGCCUUCUCCAGCGACCUCCACGAAGCCUCUAUAGAGAAAAGAGACGAACCGGCAGCCGUGCUCACAGACGACAGUCCAUCGCCGGCGGCCGACUUGGCAGCGGACUCGACCAAAAAGAAAGAAACACUCGAAGACGGAUUUGCGUGUGUAGACGCAAAAACUCGACGGAUGAUUGCGACUGCCUCUGGCGUCUCCCACUGGAUGCACUCGUCGAUGCUCACUGGCAUUUGGCUUAGCGUCAUCCGAGAGUACUUCGAAUCCGUCGUCGCCACUGGAAAACCCCCGCCGCCUUUCGCCGUCAGGCCCGCCGCUGCAGGAACAGAAUGUGCUCAAGACGCCGAACCGGGAAAGAGGCCGUCUCGACACUUUGUAAAGGUCGGCCCGAAGGGUCUCCUCUUCACGACACUGCUGACGUUCGGAUCGAUGGAGCUGCUCGUCGAAGAGUCUCCUACCGAGCAAGAGCUUGUCCACGAGCGGACCGCCAACGUUGUUGCCAUUCUCGGUGCUGGAAACUUUGACGCCCCGAUCGAUGUGCUCGCCUCGCUGUUCGUCGAGAACAGCGUCUGUGUGUACAAGAGUAGCCCCUUCAAUCCGCGUGUUGCACCUGUUCUGGCGGAGAUUUUCAAGCCUCUCGUUGACCGCAAUUUCCUCCUUUUCGUCGAAGGCGACGUCAAGCAGGGCGAAGCUCUUUUGCACCACGAAUGUGUGACGAAAUGGUACAUGACUGGAUCCAUUCAUACGGCCAAUCGAAUCCUUUGGGGGACUCCGACCCCUCCCGAGAAGACAGAGCCUGUGCCGAAGCCUCUGCUGAAUAAACCGUUCACAGCCGAACUGGGGUCUUGCACUCCGUGGAUCGUCUGUCCAGGCAACUGGUCGACCAGAGCUCUGCAGUGGCAUGCGCGAAACCUCGCGGCGGGACUUCUGUACAACGGGGCGCACAUUUGCGUGCAUCCCCAGAUCAUCGUGACAUGCAAAAACUGGUGUCAGAGAGAAACGUUCCUCGACCUUGUGCGGCACUACCAGCGAGAGACGCUGUAUGUGGGGUGCUACUAUCCGGACUACGCUGACCGCAUCCAAAACGCGCGAAAGAAACUGAUUGAGAUGGGAAGGAAGCCGGCGGACUUUGAAAUUGCUGUUCCUGUUCCGCUUUCUGGGCGCUACGCUCACGAGGAAAUGAAGUGUGUGAUUUUCGCCACAGAAAUGCCGGAGGACAACUUCAUUGCUGUCGAGGAGAUGUUUGCGCCUGUGUGCGGCGAAGUGGCUUUGGAUACCCCCGCGACAGUCGCAGAGUUCUUGCCGAGAGCUGUCAAGUACGUGAACGAAAAAGUGAGAGGAACCUUGUCGGUCAGCGUCUCUGUGAAGCCGAACGGUCCGAAAGAUGAACAGGCGGUCGAGGACGCCAUUGUAGACCUGCGUUACGGCUCCGUCCACAUCAACACGCUGACAAUGUUGGCGAUUGCGUUCCCCAGUUUGAUGUGGGGUGGCUACCCUGGGGCGACGAUCUUCGACCUUCAGUCCGGCAUUGGAGCGUACGGCAACUGCUACGGCUUUAAACGCCCCAUCAAGUCGGUGCUCAGAGCUCCGUUCCUCAACUUUACUCAGUUGCUGAUCGUCCCUAGCACCAAGGGAAAUGUUCACAAGAUGGCCAAGUUGUGGAAACGCAUUGUGGACGCCGUGCUGUCGCGGCGUUCUACGCAAGGCUGGUUUAGUUUCAGCGGGCAAAUUACAAAAAUCGUGUCGGCAUUUGUGGCGAAUCUGUGA